AUGCUUGUCACUGCUUGGGAAACUUUUGAAGCUAUACAGCACUUUGAGCAAUCGGAUGUUGAUAAAGAACAAUUGAACGCGAUGAGAGAGCUUUCGGAAGGAAGAGAACCAAUCAUCAUGCAUGCCGGACUGUCGGACGACUUUUGGAAUAUGUUGACGGAUUACACUGGGAUUAUGGAUUUUUAUUUUCCAGGAGAGAUAGAUGAUGAAGCGAAGCAAUGGGUAGAAAGUCUGAGGGGGUUGGUUUAUUUCUUUGCUCCUGGGAAGAAGUCCGGGAAAAGUGCAUACAGUGGAAGAGCGACAAAGGGAUGGGUGGAUGAAUUAGCUGAGUUUGAAGGAAAGCAAGCAAGAGUUAUGAGAUAUAUGCAUUACUGGAAUAGUAAAGCAGGGGAAGAGGAGUUCAAAGCCGGAUCAGGAUUCAUAACAGAAGCAGGAGAGUCGAAGAACAUAUUCACUGAUUGGGUGGAAGGUUUGAACGCCGAAGGAAUGCUGGGAAUGAAAGAAGUUCAUUGCAGAUUCGAGACUAUUCCUUGGAAAUUCUGGGAGUACACAUCCCAUGAGGAGAGAGAAAUGGCGGAAGUGGAUGUGGAGAAGUAA